AUGUCGAACUCAACGCCAUCCCAAGAUAAGCCCGAAGCUUCCCAGCAGCAGAAGCCCACCGUAUUGGAGGAGGACGACGAAUUCGAGGAUUUUCCCGUUGAAGAUUGGCCACAAGAAGAAACCGAGCAAGCGUCCGGAUCAGCAAACGGCGCUAAUGUUCACCUGUGGGAGGAGAGCUGGGAUGAUGAUGAUGCCGCCGAGGAAUUCUCGAAGCAGUUGAAGUGCGUUUGGGUUCUCCGUUCGUGCCAUACUGGGCCCAGUCCUAGCUUUUGCUAG